AAUCGCGAAAAACAUGUGUUUUCUACUGUGAAAAACGAACAUAGUACUCGUCAUUACACAACAACAUUUUGUUAUGUGGCAACUUUGUUAAACGGCAACCCUGUAUUAUAACAACAAACGAAAAUAAACAACAGUUGGGAAAAAAAGAAUAGAUUUGGAAGUGAACUACACGAAAGCAGCGCGGUUUUAGUGCCUUAAAUGUUGGACGAAACAAUAUCCUUGCGUAUAUGCCAGGAAGGUCAUGCCAAUGCAUUGGCCCUAAACAAAGACUGUAACCAAAUUGCAGUAGCCGGAAGAAGUUUGCUAAAACUCUUUGCAAUUGACAGCGAUGAUGGCGGUUUCACCGAAGUCUGCAAUAUGCGUGGGGGAAAGAAUCAAAAUCUUAGCUAUUCCUCUAAUGAUGUUGCCUGGAGUUCCUUGGAUAGUAAUAUCUUGGCAACAGCCGCCACAAAUGGUGUGGUAUCGGUCUGGGAUCUUUCCAAAUUUGGACGACAAAAGCAACUUCUAGUCUAUAAUGAUCAUGAAAGGACCGCACACACAGUAACAUUUCACAGCAGUGAGAUGAACCUUUUGAUUUCGGGAUCUCAAGAUGGCACAAUUAAAUGUUUUGAUACACGUUGUGACAAGGCCAUAAAUACUUUCUAUAGUAAUUCGGAGUCAGUGCGUGAUGUCAAAUUUAAUCCACAUAGUAGUAAUAUAUUCUCUGCCGUAUCGGAAAAUGGAACAGUGCAAUUGUGGGAUUUGAGAAGAGCUGACAAAUGCAUAUUACAGUAUACUGCUCAUAGUGGACCUAUUUAUACUUGUGAUUGGCAUCCCUCUAAUAAUUGGUUGGCUACUGGUAGUAGAGACAAACAAAUAAAGGUCUGGAAUAUGGAUGGCAAAGCAUCUCUGGACCAUACCAUACACACCAUAGCAGUCGUUGGACGUGUUAAAUGGAGACCAGAGAAAACUUACCAUAUUGCCAGUUGCGCUUUGGUUGUCGACUAUAGCAUACAUAUUUGGGAUAUACGUCGGCCAUUUAUACCAUUUGCCUCUUUUAACGAUCAUACCAAUGUAACAACUGGUAUAGCGUGGAAGGGAUCCGAUACAAAUUGUUUAUUGUCCACAAGUAAAGACUCAACCAUAUAUAAACACGCCUUUAAGGAUGCAUCACGGCCUGCCUUAAAAGCAAAUGCUCAAGGUGCUAGUUUGGGAAGAAAGGGAGAUAUUUCAUUUGCCAAUAAAUUGAAAUAUUAUUUGCCAGUAACAGCAGCUCAAGUAGUUAAAUCCAACAACAUCAUGACUCGCCAAAAAUACAUAACCGGAGCAGAACAAUUUCACAUAGGGAAAUCUGACAUGUGUAGAUUUCUAUUGAACUCAUCAUACACCGGCUACAUUGAUCACGAAAUUUCCUUCCAACUUAAGGAGCAUGAAUGCUUUAUUGGCUGCGCCAAAGAACUUUUGCUUACGGGUAAAUUUACCGAUAUUUGUAAACAUAAUGCCAACGUUAGUCGCAAAUAUGGUAAACAUAAUGCCACAACUCUAUGGAAUUUCUUGGAAAUAGCCUAUGGCUCAAAUGAUAUUAAUAUGCAAAAAUAUGAACAUCGCAAUUCAUUUUCAACUCAAAAGAGUUCACAAGCAUCCCGUCGACCCACACAAGUUGUGAAUGUCGAUGUUCUCAAAUGGGAUCACAAUGAAAAUCAUAAUGAGAAUAACAUUGUUGAUGCUGAACUGAAAUUACAAGUCGAUGAUGAUCUCUUGGAUACAAAUGGUCUUGUGGGCAAACCCUCCUAUCCUCCGCUCGGUUCGGUUAUUUUAUCGGAAACACAAAUAUUGUCUGAAAUAACAUUUGACAAUUUCGAUUCAUUGCGUAAUGGUUUCAUAUAUGUGGGACCACCGGAUUUUACGAAAGCCUUAUCGCUGCCUGAAACUGCUUUGCAUUGUAAUGUAGAAGCUGCCAGACCACAGAUAGAUAUAAAAGCAGAAGAUCGUGACAAAUCACCGCCUCCCAACCUGCCGGUAGUCUUAAAGGUUACCACAGUUCCUCCUGUUCCUUUUUGGGAACCCCAUCAAUUUUUAGCCGAUGCUUUGCUAUUGCAGAAUGAUGUGGGUGAUGUUCAGACCGCACUGUCUAUCCUUAUUGUAAUGGGAGAAAAUCGCAAAUAUUUACCCAUAAGCGAUGUUUUAAUUGAACAUUGGUUUCAAACCUACAUUGAUCAAUUGCAUCGUUAUCAAAUGUGGAAUGAGGCUUGUGCUGUUUUAAAUCUCUCCUGGUUGCGAUCUGUAAGGCAAUUGAAUCAAAAAUCCACCGCCGUACAUACAAAUUGUGGUGAUUGUGGCCGACCAUUGGGUGGCAGUGUGGGGUGGUAUUGUCAAAAAUGUAAAUCUAUGCGUUUGGCUAAAUGCUCAAUCUGUGGCCUUAUAGUGCGCGGUCUAUAUGCAUGGUGCCAGGGUUGCUCUCACGGGGGACAUAUUCAACAUUUGAUGGAAUAUUUCUCCAAUCACUCCAAAUGCCCCAAGUGCGGUCACUUGUGUGAAUACAAUUAAUUUAUGACAAAUGAAGAUAAUGGAGCUAUCUAUGACUAAUUUUUUACAACAACAACUACAUAUACAUACAUAUAAAUAAGUAAGUGUAAAAGUCAGUUAUUUAGUUUUAAAUAUUGUUUUUUUUUUUUUGUUUUUUUAUUAAAGACUUAUAUAAACUAUAUUUUGAGUAAAAUUUAAGAAAAGAAAU